AAUUUCUGAAAAAUUUGGAGCAAUUUUUUGAAAUUUGUGAUAAAUCUACUUAUUUUUCAACAUCAGACCAUAGUGAAGUAGAUGAGGAUUCGCACUCUGAUGAAGAAUCAGAGAAUACAAGUAAUAAAGAAUCAGAAAAUACAAAUGAUGAAGAAACUAUACCUAAUAAUUCUAAUACAACUCUUUUAGUAACCUUAAAAAAUCUUAUUAAAAAGCUUAAAGAGUAUUGUACUU